GUGGUUGGGCCACUAUGUUAAGUUCAAAGGUCAUACAGAUGACUUAAAAGUAUACGACAACAUUACAUGAACCAAGCUUGCAACAUUUCUGUGACAUGAGCAACAACAUGGAAGAGGGAACCCCUCGCACCAAACGCCGAGUGAGCCUGCAGAAGGAGUGGGGCAGGCUCCGGACGUUUCUAGGCGGCAGUACGCGGCUAGCCGCCCGCCAGCCCCACCGGCAUAAGGACGGCGGGUUCACGAAGGUGGAGAUGGAGGGUUUGCAAGUCUCCGAGAUCGACGGAGAAUGUCAGGAAGACCCGGAGACCGGCGACUGUAUGGGGAAGAGCUGCCGACUUUUUGAAGUCGCUGCCUCGGGACGACUGGCGGACUUCACUCAGCUGUGUCAGCACGACCCCGCCCGCCUGCAGUCACGUGACCGGAAGGGCGCUACCCCGUUACAUCAUGCGGCCGGACAUAACCAGCUCUCCAUCAUGGAGUACAUCCUCAGGAUAAACAAUGGUGGGUGGGGUGUGCUGUGUAAACCUGGUGACAAGAAACCUACAGUGGUUGACAUAAACGCCCAGGACCACCACGGGAGGACGCCGCUCCACUGGGCGGUGAAGGAGGGCCAUCCCAAGGCGGUGGAACUCCUGCUGCAGCACGGCGCCGACUCGGAGGUGCAGGACGAGGAACAGGCCGCGCCCAUCCACACUGCCGUGGAGACCGGGCAGGUGGAAUGUCUGAAGGCUUUGCUGAACCAUCCCGACAGGGUGAACGUGAACCUGCCGGGCCAUGCCGGGGCGAUACCACUUCACUACGCCGCGUGGGGGAACAACAAGCAGUGCAUGAAGCUACUGAUAGAGAACGGCGCCUGGCCCUGUAUCCAGUGUAGCGCCGGCCACACGUCCAUUCACGCGGCGGCCAUGAAAGCUCAAUGCGGAACGCUGGAGUAUCUCAUAGAAUUAGUUACCGCCGGCUACCUGCUGUCGUGGCUGGCUACCACGGACAGCGACAACAAGAAGCCGACAGUAACCAUGGACGAUGACACCCAGGCUACACUGACUAAUGAUGCUGAAAAUAAGGGUUACAAGCGAGAGGACCUUCUGUCCUAAAACAAGCAGGACCAGAUGCCGCUACACGCUGCCGUCAACGGCGGGAACAAGGAGGCGGUGAUCAGGCUGAUCCGGAUAGGCGCCAGGAUAGACGCCAAACAGGAUGACGAGUCGACCCCGAUGCACCUGGCGUCCUCGCAGGGCGCACUGGACAUCAUCAAACUGAUGAUGGAGACGGCGGACAAGAACAGGCAGACCAUCCACCUCCGCGACAUCCAGCGGAUGACUCCUCUGCACAAGGCGGCCAUGUUUGAUCACACUGGCACUGUGGAGUACCUGUUGGAAGAGGGUGCUGACGUGAACUGCACGGAUAACGAGGAGCGGUCCCCGCUGCUGCUGGCGGCCUCCCGCGGCGCCUGGCAGACCGUGAAGCUGCUCCUGUCCCGCGGGGCGGACGCCAACCUACGCGACCUCAACAAGCGGAACUUCCUGCACCUCUCCAUACUAGGGGGAGGAGGGGUGGCCACGUUUCACGGCGAGCUGAGCACGGGAAGCCUGAGAGACCUACUGGACGCCAAGGACGAGUUCGGCUGCACGCCGCUGCACUAUGCCUCCGAGCAGGGCCACCUGAAGAGUAUCGAGUUACUCCUCCAGCAGGGGGCGAGCGCUAAGGUCAAGAACAACGAGAAGCAGUCAGCACUGCACUUCGCGGCUAAAUACGGGCGACUGAACACAGUCCGGAGUCUGCUGAACAGUCCGCAGGGCCCGAAUAUCAUCAACGACCCGGACGGGCUGGGCGACACCGCGCUGCACAUGGCGUCAGCGAACGGGCACACGGCGGUGGUCAAGUUCCUGCUGCAGAAGGGAGCCUUCAUUCACAAGUGCCAAGGCGGCCGGACAGCCCUUCAUCUGGCCGCACAGGGAGGUCACACACAGACCAUGCGGGUUCUGCUCAGCACGCAUGCGCACCUGCUGAACCAGACUGAUAAGGAAGGGAACACCGCGUUACACCUAGCGGCGAGAGAGGGAAAGCCAUCCGCCGUGCUGUUCCUGAUGUCUGAGGAAGCCGAGUUCAAGUUGAACAACAACAAGCAGACUUUCUUCGAGGACGCCAUCGAACUGAAGAACAGGGACGUCGCCAAUGCGAUUGUAGGGCAUGAUAGGUGGACGGAGGCUCUGACUACGUUCAGCCUCGAGAACGUCCCGCCGAUGUACAGACUCAUCGAUGUCCUGCCAGACAUCUGCAUGAAUGUGCUGGACAAAUGCCGCACAACGGCCACUUGUGAUGAGAAGAGCCCGGAAUUCUGGAUCAAGUACAGGUACAACUUCCUGCAGUGUCCCCUUGAGUGGCGGUACAAGAUGUUAAAGGAAGGAAUCAAGGAUGUUCCUCCUUUAGCUGUUUUAAAUAAAAUGGUUAAUGCCAACCGUGUUGAGCUGUUGUCACAUCCGGUCUGCAUUAACUUCCUGGAUAUGAAAUGGAACGCGUACGGUCGAUUUGUGUACCUCAGCAACCUGAUCAUCUACGCCAUCUUCCUCAUCUUCCUGACGAUAUUCGUGGCCACCGCGGCUCACCCUACCAGCCACCACGACUUUGUGAGAGGCGCCGCUGGCGGAGCUGCCGGGAACAACAGCAGUGCGAAUUACAGCAGUGUGAACGGGACCAGCGUGAACGGCAGUAGUAGCGUAAACGGAAGCAUAACGGCUCUGCAUAACAUCUGCCAGUUCAAAGAGCGACACUGGUUGGAAAACAUCUGUAUCGUCAUCUGCCUGGCCUUUGGCGCCUUCAAUGUCCUGAAGGAGAUUGUUCAGAUGCUUCACCAGAGGCAGAAGUACUUCAGCGACGUGACGAACCUGCUGGAGUGGUGCCUGUACGUGGCCACGCUGGUGUUCAUCGUGCCGUUCCUGACGGACGCCUGCGAGAGGGAGGACAUCGUGCGGCUCCAGUGGCAGAUGGGCGCCGUGGCCGUGUUCCUGGCCUGGUUCAACCUCAUGCUGUACCUGCAGAGGUUUGACAUCUUCGGGAUCUUCAUCGUGAUGUACAUCGAGAUCCUGAAGACUCUGCUGCAGGUCCUGAUGGUCUUCUCCUUCCUCAUCAUCGCCUUCGGACUCGCCUUCUACAUCCUCGGGAUGUCAGCGGACACCCUCGCCCACAGCACGGCGGGGCUGUCGUUCCUGCGCACCUCGAUGAUGAUCAUGGAGGGUCCUGACGCCGUGGAUAACGUCAUCGUGCCGUACGUGCAGAAAACCCUGCUGUACCCGGAGCUCACCAUCGUCUUCAUCAUCGCCUUCGCGCUGCUCAUGCCCAUCCUGCUCAUGAACCUGCUGAUCGGUUUGGCAGUCGGGGACAUCUCCGGAGUUCAGAGGAACGCUCAACUCAAACGUCUGGCCAUGCAGGUGGAGCUGCACACUGAGUUGGAGGCAAAGCUGCCGGAGAUGCUGGUGAAGAAGGUGGAUAGAAACGAGGUGACGGUUUACCCAAACACCUGCAAGGGGAAAAUAGCCAGCAUCCUCACGCAGCUGCGGGCCGGGAUGGGGAUAGACGACGGGAACUCUGUGGAUCACGACGCGGCCCGGGGAGACGCUCUGAACGCCACGGUCAGCACCCGGGGCCUGGCAGUCGAGAUGGACAAGCAGAAGAGAAGGAUGAAGGAGAUGAACAGCAUGUUGGUUCAGCAGCACCAGCUCCUGCGGCUCAUCGUGCAGAAGAUGGAGAUCCGCACCGAGGCGGACGACCGGGACGUGGGAGACGCCGCCCCGUCCUGCAUGACCCGCUCAGGGCCCGCCAGGCCCCCCACCGCGCCCCGGUCUCCAUCCAGAAGCUCGGUUUGA